UCAAUUAGACAAAACCCUCAACGAAUCUCUUUACUUUGCCCUCUCUUCUUGGAAAGAAGCCAAACCCAUCUCUCACAACUCACACGGAUCUGAUCCCCUCUCUCUCUUUCUCUCUCUCUCUCUCUCUAGAAAUGGAAUCGGACGAAGAAGAAGAAGUCGAAAGAGUCCCACUGAGCCGUCGGCCGGAGUGGUCGGACGUGACUCCGGUCCAGCAAGACGACGGCCCGAACCCGGUCGUGCCAAUCGCGUACAAGGAUGAGUUUUCAGAGACGAUGGACUACUUCAGAGCCGUGUACUUGGCCGACGAGCGGUCCCAUCGAUCUCUCCAACUCACUUCCGAAGCCAUUUUCUUGAACCCUGGCAACUACACCGUGUGGCAGUUUCGUCGUGUAAUACUUGAGGCAUUGAAUGCUGACUUACAUGAUGAACUUGAAUUUGUUGAAGAUGUUGCCACUGAUAACUCGAAGAACUAUCAAAUAUGGCAUCAUAGGAGGUGGCUUGCUGAGAAACUGGGACCCGAUGCUAUCAAAAAGGAACUUGAGUUUACUAAGAAGAUUUUCUGCAUAGAUGCUAAGCAUUAUCAUGCCUGGUCCCAUAGGCAGUGGGUUCUUCAGGCACUUGGAGGUUGGGAAGAUGAACUUGACUAUUGUCAGCAGCUCCUUGAAGAUGACAUUUUCAAUAAUUCUGCUUGGAAUCAGAGAUUUUUCGUUGUCACAAGAUCACCCCUCCUGGGAGGCCUGGAAACCAUGAGAGAUUCGGAGGUACGUUACGCAGUGGGUGCUAUUAUAUCCAAACCUGAAAACGAAAGUCCAUGGAGAUACCUUCGAGGCCUAUACAAAGACGAUACACAAUCUUGGGUCAACGACCCUCAAGUGUCUUCAGUUUGUUUGACGGUCUUGAAUUCCAAAAGCAACUGUUUGUUUGCUCUGAGCAUGCUUUUGGAUCUUGUCUGCCAUGGUUUCCAACCCGGCAAAGAGUUCAAAGAUGCUGUUGAUGCUUUGGUAUCAGAUUCGGAUUCGUCGGAUUCAGAUUUGGCCCCAACAGUUUGUUCUCUCUUGGAACGUGUCGAUCCAAUGAGAGCAAACUAUUGGAAGUGGCGGAAGAGAACACUUCCUCCCCUAACAGUUUAACGGCGGAAGGGGAUCAAUAUCCAUUGGCUGGUUUAAUCUGUUUCGUUGGUAUGGCAGUUUUCUGUAAUAUUUAUCCGCCAGCCUGAUGUUGUAGUGUUAGUUUUCUCCUUAUUUCAUUUCCAUUGUUUUGUAGGUUGUAUUGUUAAAUAAAACUUACAAAAACAUUAUUUAGAAAAAAAAA